CAGGUGGAUGCGGGUCCUCUUAGCAUCGUGCCCCGGGAGCGGGGUGCGUCGGAGGGCCGGGGAGGGGGCGCACCCUUUCUAGACGGCAAGCGCGGACUGCUGGUCGCAGUUGUCGCCCGUGUAGCCCGUGAAGCACUCGCAGAGGCCGUCGUCGCCGUUGCAGAGGCCGCGGCCCGAGCACUGCUGGACGAACUCGUACGACGUCGGGCCGGGCUCGAACUUGACGAUGGAGUGGAUGCCGACCAGCUGGGUGCCCGCCGUCGCGCCGCUCGUGUCGCCCUCGUCCAUGACCGACCCGCGGAAGGCCGAGCGCGCGGCCGUGGCGGAGCCGUCCCAGUUGAUGGCCUUGUCGACGACGAAGUAGAAGCGGUCUUCCGUCGUGCCGGUGGAGGCCGACGGCGCGUCGACGCCGACCUUGACGACGGUGUAGAGGUUGCCCGUGUUCGCCGAGGCGGCCGCGUCGGCCACCGAGACCUUGACGCCGUCCUGGGCGACGGGCAUGUACGGCAGGAGCACCUUGUCGCCCUUGUUGAGGCACGCGUUGAGGUGGUUCGAGUCGCAGGACACGUCGGCGGACGUGUAGACCGUGGUCGAGUACUUGGCGAAGCGCGCCGUGACGGACGCCGUGACGUCUCUAUCGAUGUUGCCGGACGGGUUCGAGUCGCGGCCCUGGCCGCUCGUGCGGUUCGCGAGCACCGUGGCCGUGCCGUCGGUCGUGAAGACGCUCAUGUCCACGCCGACCUCGGGCAGGCCGCUGAAGUAGAAGCGCUCCGUCGCGUCGCCCUCCUUGCCCGCGCCGUAGUAGGCGAGGUAGUACUUGCCGGCGUCAUAAUCGUCGGCGACGCCCGACGCGUCUUCGCGCGCGGUCGGCGUCUUCGUGAGCUUGACGACGUGCGGGUGCCACGUCGUGUUCGUCAGGCCGUAGUCCCAGUUGUAGACCUCGAGGUUGUUCGAGGCGUCGCCGUCGGCGUCUCCCAGACACGCCUUGAGGAGCUUCACCGCGGCGGCGUCGAAGCCGGUGCCGCUCGCGUAGGCGAAGCCGCCGGCCUCGACCUCCGAGGAGCCGCCCGAGUUCCCCGCCCCCGCGUCGGCGACGGCCGUCGCCUGGAGCGUGACGCCGUCGCACAUCGUCGGGAAGUAGUCGAUGUUCUCGCCCGAGAUGCCCCGGGCGUUCGCGAGGACCUUGACGUCGACGUCGAAUUUCACCUUAUUGUCGUCGGUGCCCGAGUGGCCGAUGGCGUAGACCGAGGGCCGCGUGCCGUCCAAAUUCGCGUUGAUCUCGAUGGGCUUGAGGUCGCCGAGGUUCUCCGUGAAGGUGAGGUCGUACUCGACCUUGUUCCGCGCGGUGAGGCUUCCGACGUUGGGGGUUAUCUCCGAGCAGAUCACGGAGCCCGCGGGGACGAUGUCGUUCGCCAUGGACUCGAGCGCGGCCUUGAUCUCGAUGCAGCCCGCCGUCGCCGCGAGCGGGUCCGUCUGGUAGUCCUCGCCGAAGGCGUCGUAGAACUUGAUGGCGUAGGUGCCCGUGAUGGAGAGGCCCGUGCUCAAGUCGCCGUCGGCGUCGGCGUUGCCGAGUUCGUCCAUUGCCUCGAGGUUCCCCGUCACGUUCACGUACUGCAGGAGGACGCGCGCCGUCGGCGCGCGGAUCGUCAUGUAGUCGUCGUCGAUGUAGAGGGGAUCCAAACCGUGCUUGCACAUCUUGGACUCGCACGUCGGGCCCGAGUAGCCGGGCUCGCACUUGCAGCCCAUGGUGACCUCCGAGUCCCAGAGGUUGUAGACGUUGCCGUGGUCCGCGGCGGCCAGGUCCUGCGCGCUCAUGCAGACGCCGUGGCCCGAGCACGUCGCGUCGCCGCAGGCCGCCUUCUGGCAGCCCGCGCCCGAGUAGCCCGGGAAGCAGUCGCACUCGCCGGACUUGCGGUCGCAGAUGCCCUUGUUGCCGCACUCGGCGUAGGCGUGGCCCGUGUUCGUGAGAGACCCACCCGCCGAGUCGACCAUGAGCGGGUACUGCUCGGUCGUGCCGUGGGGGUAGACGGUCGAGCCGGCGAUGACGGUCGUGCUCGUGCCGCUCAGCGCGUCGGCGGAGCCGUCGAGGUCGCCCUUGGGCGUGUCGACGUGCGCCGGCACGAAGGGGCAGGUCCGCCCGGAGCAGUCGGCCUCCUGCCAGUUCGGGUAGCAGAUGCACUCGUCGAACGUGCCGCAGGUGCCGUGGCCGGAGCAGGCCUGUGUUGUUUUGUGGGUCUCGUUCGGCUCUCUCGCGGCGCGGUGCGGUGUCUCUCUCGUGCGGUUCAUGGGUUUCACGCGUCCGUCGCCGCCGGCGCGGCGCCAACGGCGUUGCUCGCGCGCGGGCGCGGUUUUUCGUGGGAGCGCGGCUUGUGGAAGGUCCCUGGGUGGCGGGGGCUGCCUCCGGCGGGGCGGGGGCUGCCUCUCGCGGGCCGCUCCCGGGCGGCAGCCUUUCUCUGUCCGGCCUUUGUUGCAACGCUGCUGCUCACGUUCGGGCACUCGGCGACGGCCGUGCCGGCGGCUAGCGCGAGCACGAUGAGCUUCAUUCUGCCGUCCUCUGGUGCGCUGGCUGGAUGUCCUAGCGCGCAGCGAGAGCCGCUAAUAUAAGCCGCAGCUCCCGGGAGGG